AUGCUGCCAAUUAAUAAUAUUAUGAUGGCGACGAAUUGUCCAGGCGACGAAUUGUCCAGGCGACGAAUUGUCCGUCGACGAAUUGUCCGUCGACGAAUUGUCCGUCGACGAAUUGUCCAGGCGACGAAUUGUCCGCGACGAAUUGUCCGUCGACGAAUUGUCCGUCGACGAAUUGUCCUAGUGCCCUUGAGAAUGAGGGUGAAGAAAAGAGUAUUACCCUCCAGUAGUGUCAAACUCGAAACUGAAUUCAGUUAUUCAACUAUUACUUCAGAUAUUCAGUUUUUGAGUUAUUCAGAUGAUACCCCACAGACACCCUCACUUGCACCAUCAACUGAAAAUCCAGAGGAUGAUCGUGAUUCUAUCAUUUCUUGGAUUGCAAUCAUCAUUAUUCUCUCGCUGAUAUUGGCUUUGGCUAUCGCUACACCGAGAAAACGACAAGCUACUACAAUCAACAUCGCGAAAACUACGGCCAAUGCUAAUCUAUCAGAGACCUGAUGGUCUAAUACUAGUCGACUUAAUUAUGAACGAGCUAUGCACACAGCGUCUAUAUUAACAGAUGGAAAAGUAUUAAUUGUUGGUCUAGGCGAUGUCCAUACUGAGUUAUAUAAUCUAUCAUCAGACACUUGGACAGUCAGUGGCACAUUAGAUAACAUGCGAUAUCAACAUGCAGUUUCUUUAUUACCAAAUGGAAAAGUAUUAGUUACUGGCGGAGAGGAGGAUCAUUCCAGAGAUACUCUACGUACUACUGAAUUGUAUGAUCCAUUAAUAGGAAAUUGGACAGUUAAUAGUAAAAUGCAUUCUAGUCGAAAGCAACAUACAUCAACUACAUUAACCAAUGGAAACGUGUUAGUUGCUGGUGGAAGAAACAAUGAAGAGGGAUUUUUAAGUAGUGCCGAAUGGUAUGAUCCUUCUAAAGGAAUUUGGACAGUUACAAGCAAUAUGAAUCAAGGACGAACCAGACACACAGCAACUCUCUUAACAAAUGGAAAAGUAUUAGUUACGGGUGGAGUCUAUGUUUGGGGUUUAUCUAGUGCUGAAUUAUAUGAUCCAUCAACAGGAAAUUGGACAUUUACUGAUGGAAUGUAUCAUAUACGACAGUAUCACACAGCAUCGAUAUUAACAAAUGGGAAAGUAUUAGUUACGGGUGGAUGGAAUGAUGUCGAAGCUAUAAAUAUAGCUGAAUUGUAUGAUCCGUUAACGGAACUUUGGACAAUUACUGGUAGUAUGAAUUAUGUUAGAACAUCUCACACAGCAUCCGUAUUAAAAAAUGGCAAAGUGUUAGUAACUGGCGGAUCUAUUUCUGGUAGUACUUUGAAUACUGCUGAAUUAUAUGAUCCAUCAACAGAAAUUUGGACUAAUAUCGAAAACAUGACUUAUGCACGACAAACUCAUACAGCAUCCGUUUUAACCAAUGGAAAAGUAUUAAUUACUGGUGGAUAUGGUGACGAUAGUAGUGAUGUACCAUACACUGCUGAAUUAUAUGAUCCAUCAACGAAUAUAUGGACAACUACUAAUAGCGCAAGUACUCAAUGA